UGAGAACCUGAAGUCAGCGGCAGGGCUGGCACCUAGCCUGAGGGGGUUCAUGUGGAAGUGGCGGGGUCCCCACUUGGCUGGGUCUGGGGUCUGCCUCUGCGCAUGCCCUGUGUCCAGCUCGCCCAGCCCCCGUCUUGUCCCUUUUGUUGAGCCCUACUCGCCGCUCACUGCCCUCCCGGCCGCCUGGGCCUUUCUUUGGCAAUGGCUGCCCGGUCCUCCCUUUCCUUGAUGUCCUGAGGGUCCUGGCUGGCCAGGAGGGGUGGGCAGGAGGUGGGUGGACUGGCCACGGGGCUGGGCUGGCUGGGACGGACGCCCAGCAGAGGGGAAUGACACGUGCUGCUCCCCAGGCGGAGUAGGAGCUCAUCAAAGCCCAGAAGGUGUUUGAGGAGAUGAAUGUGGAUCUGCAGGAGGAGCUGCCAUCCCUGUGGAACAGCUGCGUAGGUUUCUAUGUCAACACGUUCCAGAGCAUCGCGGGCCUGGAGGAGAACUUCCACAAGGAGAUGAGCAAGCUCAACCAGAACCUCAACGACGUGCUGGUCAGCCUGGAGAAGCAGCAUGGGAGCAACACCUUCACGGUCAAGGCCCAGCCCAGGUGCGUGCGGGGAGGGCUCUGGCACCCGUGACUCUGUGCACGGCAG